CACCUGCAAAUGGCUGUAGUUUAAUCUAGCUGAUCCUUAAAAAUACCACCACUACCAGCAUCGCCAUCUCCCACCCUAUCCCUUUGAUCAAGUUCAUCCAUCUGCCGUUGAUUCUUCAUCCAAUGGACGGCAACAAGCAAGCCCAGUCCUCCUCUUACCCUCCUCAGCCUCCCACUACUUCUAUUACGCCUCCUCCUCCUUCCUCCUCCGCCGCCAUCGCCGCCACUCCGCCUGCUCCUUUCCACCACCUCCUCCAGCAGCAGCAGCAACAGCUCCAAAUGUUCUGGUCUUACCAGCGCCAAGAAAUCGAGCAAGUCAACGACUUCAAGAACCAUCAGCUUCCUCUUGCUCGCAUCAAAAAGAUCAUGAAAGCCGACGAAGAUGUCCGUAUGAUCUCCGCUGAAGCCCCUAUUCUCUUCGCCAAAGCCUGCGAGCUUUUCAUUCUGGAGCUUACCAUCCGUUCCUGGCUUCACGCCGAGGAGAACAAGCGACGGACGCUUCAGAAAAACGACAUCGCGGCGGCUAUUACUAGGACCGACAUUUUCGAUUUCUUGGUGGAUAUUGUGCCCAGGGACGAGAUCAAGGAUGAGGCCGUUCUGGGUGGGAUGGUGGGUACCACCGCCAGUGGGGUGCCAUAUUUUUAUCCUCCCAUGGGUCAGCCUGCUGGCGCUCCUGCUGGACCUGGCGGGAUGAUGAUUGGAAGGCCCGCCGUCGAUACAACCGGUGGUAUUUAUGCUCAGCCUCCUUCUCAGGCUUGGCAGAGUGUUUGGCAGACGGCGGGGGCUGACGAUGGGUCGUAUGCCAGUGGAGGUAGCGGCGGUCAGGGGAAUCUUGACGGACAAGGCUAAGCAAUUCAUUGGUCCAAUUUGGGUGCUCGAUGGCAUGGCAAAUGGCGUGAUGCACUGGGGUAUUGCACUAAGAAUUUUGGUUGCUUAUGAUUUAUGAAUAUGGACCUGUCUGCCAUUGUUUGUGGAAAACUACCUUUUAAAUGUGAUUUAUUUAGAAACAUCUCAAAGACACUUAACUCAUUUGAUGUGCAGCAAAACAAAUAGCUUUUGCUGCUAUGACUUUGCCUAAUCAAAAGAUCUUCUAAUGUUGUGCAGUUUCUGGGUUUAAUUAUCCCCUUUGUUGUGUUCUAAAGGAUUCUCUGUAUCUUAAAUAUUUUCUUAUGAAUGAACACCCUAAAUUUUCAAGUCCA